AUGGCGGGCUUGGCAGCUGGAAAUACUGAUACUUCAUAUGCCUUUUUUGAAAAUGAAAUCAUUCUUGGUGACCCUAGUUCUUCUAAGAACUCUUGUACGGGUGGUCAAGGUGAUGUUCAAACAGAAAUGGGAGCCUCUGGAAAGGAUGUAUGCCGUAGUGAGUCCGCUGAAGUUCGGCCGAUAUCGCGAUUGUUAAAGAUGAUGUCCACUCCUGUGUACAUGCGCGAACUUUGUUUACGUUUUGAACUGCUAUAUUUGUAAAAUAUGAUAUACUAUAUAACUGAAUAUCUAACACUUGUCUGGUUCGCUGUACUUGUAAAUGAAUAUAAACUAUACCGUUCAAUUCAAAAAAGUUCGAAAGAUGCAAAAUUUGAGCAAUGUUUAUAUCUAGGGGUCCCCCAUUGUUAUGAGCAGAACUGGUGCGCAGAACGGAGUGGACAUCAUCUUUAAUAUGUUCAGACUAGACAAAGUUAAUUUAGACGACGAUUCAGCAGGUUUUCCGCACAGCGAAACCAAAGGUUGGACAAAAUUAUUGCAAGAUAUUCCUCCGUUUACCCACCGAAAAUUAGAAAAUAAAAUGGUAAAUAACAGCCGCACAAUAUUAAUGCCUGACAAAGUAGCGCCAAAGGCUCAUGGGAACAUGAAGAAAGGAUACGGUCUUUGGAAAGGUUAUGUCAAUAAUGUUCAAGUCAAAUGGCAAACAUCCAAUGUAAAAUUCAACUAUUUCUGGUGAAAGCUCGAGUUAGUGCGUCCAUGAAGAGUGUAAGUUACCCUGUUUAUGUUCAUUUAGACCAGAAGAGUGGCGAAGUCGAGUAUGCAAAGUGCGCUUGUAAAGCAGGGCAAGGUGAGAUUUUGUUAACUUAAGUUUAAGUAUAAUUCCUGAAGGCCUUACGUGUACACAAGUCGCUCAAAAGUGGAGUAUUCCUUCUGGCUGCCGUAAAACAUUGAACAAAGCUGUUAAGUUUGACGAGCUGUUGUUUCAGAAAGCACAAUACAGCAAGACCAAUAAAAGGCUGCAUUCAAGUACUAUCAAAGAGAAGUAUUGUAGCACACCACCUUAUGCCCAGACUGUCACCAAAGACGAUAUACAAUCAAUUGUACUUAGGAUGUACUUAGGAAAUGUACUUGCGAAUGUACUUAGGGAAGCUGCUUUGUGACACACUUGAAUCAAACAAUUAUGAGCCAUGUGAUAUGUUUGAAACAUCUUGUGCCAAGGCUAAGAGGACAUAGUCUUAAGUUGAAUCUAGAAACAGUCGAACCAAAUACUGACAAGCUAUUGGUUGACAAAGUUUUUGCCUAUGUACCAUGUGAGUUUGACCAGACUGUUAAAUUGGGUUCGGAUGGAAAGAAACUAAUGGAAACCUUAAUGUUUGUACCACCUGAGCAAGCCAAGGACAUCUGCUUAAAAACUAUAGACCAAAGUUCCAGUGCGCAGUGAUAUGUUGAGAGAUCAGUUCGUAUAACUGCAUCUGUAUUCGGGAAGGUGACGAGUAGGCGAAAGACAGUUGAACCAAAUUCGAUUGUAAGAGAACUAUCACUGAGAAAACUAAAUGCCACAGUUCUCGUAUGCCAGUUUCUCUACAAUGAAGCAUUGAGAAUCAGUCCAAUGCUGUAGAAAAAUACAAAAACUUGGGAAAAAAAACAAUUUGGAAGUGAAAAGCUGUGGUCUAGUAUAGUGGUAAGUCCAAGAUGGCCAUGGCUGGGCUGCAUGUAGUCCUGAUGGUAUUGUUGUGGAAGAUGGUACGGUAGUUGGAUGUGUGGAGAUAAACGCCUGUAUUCUAAAAGCGCACUCACACUCACACUUGAGUGGCAUUCCAGUGAGGAGCACUCAAGUGGGGUUGAAGGGUAAGUUUGAGUGGAGGGAGAGUGCAUUGUUGUACUCAUUGAUCGAACACUCACACUCGAAAAAUGUUGCUUGAUUUGUAUUCACCAAGCGCACUCAACUGUCACUUACUGGAGUUGCACUCAUUAAUGAGUACGGAGGAAAGACGUAUUUUCGACACAUUACACAUAAAGUACAGACGUGCAAGAUGUCCCAACCUUGGCGGUAUUUUUCAGAAUUGGAGAAGUCAAUCAUCAGAGAAUUAGUUGCUAAGCACAAGGAUAUCCUUGAGAGUAAAAAGAAAGAUUACAAAAUGAUUAAACAAAAAAAUAGCGCUUGGGAAACGUUAACAGAAGAGUUUAAUUCUCAGGCGGGUGUUUAUAAACAAAUAAAGAAAAGAAAUAUAUCAAGUCUCGAGCUAAGAAAUCUAUCGCCAAAGAAAAGAGAGAAGUGA